AUGCCAUUCAUCUGUCCGCCGCCGCGGCGCCCUCCGGCUGCACCUUCCCCUCCUCUGUCUUGGCUCGGCGGCUCGCCUUCCCUUUCGCCUCCCUCCGCGCCCUCCGCUGCGCCUUCGUCGUCCGCACACGCGAAGGCCUCAUCGCCACCGCCGCCCGCCUGCGACCCUGUCCCCCCGCACUCCGUCCCGCCUCGCGCCGCGGCCGCAGUCGCGCCCCGCAGUGCGCAGCCCGCAUCUGGAGCCCUCGCGCACGUCCGCAGAUUCGCGGUGGGUGGCGGCGCGCCGCCCUCUCGAAGCGCGUCUUCCGUCGUGUCGCUCUCGUCCUACCGCUGCACGACCACCGCGGCCGCGAGCGCCUCAAGCGUAGCUACCGCUGCGGCUGAGAAGACCGCGCGCCAGGCGCAUCUCGCGACCAAAGCGGCAGAGGCUGCUGCGCACGGGGCAGCGAUCGCCGCGGAGGCCGCUGCCACUGCCUCCCGAGCUGCGGCCGCUGCCGAAGCGACCGCCGCCGAAGCCGCAGAAGGCCUAGUGGCCGUCGCCUCGCGCGCCCUGUCGACCGCGGUCGGACAGGCCAAGGCCAUCGCCGCAGCCGCCUCGCGCAGCGCCCAACUCGCGACCGAAGCCGCCGCCGCCGCCGCCGCUGCAGCCGAGGCCGCCGCGACCGCCGCCGGGGAAGCCGCCAACGCCGCAGCGAUCGUCGCCGAGCGCGUCGCCAACGAGGGAGAGGCCUCGGGAGAGAGUCUUGACGUCGCCACUGCCGCCGCGGACGCCGCAGCUCUGGACUACGCGAAGGCGCGAGCCGCGGAAGCAGACGCGCACAGCGCCGCAGACGCCGCCACACGCGCCGCCGAGACCGCCGCUGCAGCCGCGCGGCAAGCCGAGGCUGCGGCAGACGCCCGCGAAGUGCAAACGGGAGAGGCUGCGCGUGCGGCGUAA